CUAUAAUGGAUGUGAAUAGAGUGAAAACAUCUUGCUUGAAUACAAUGAAGAUAUUUCUCUUAAAGAGGAUGACAAUGAAAAGAGAGAGAAAUGAAAGGUCUGAAUAUGUUAUAUAUAUACUCUAACAAAUUGUCGGAGUGCCAGAUGUGGUUCUGUCAUUUGGCAGAAAUGUCUGUGACACUCCACCAACUGGACUUCCUAAAAAUUAGACAUCAUGCUGUAGUGACCUACAUCGUCAUCCCUAAGUUCCCGAGGGAAUCUUUUGCCAAUUUGUAGAAUGUCACGAUUUUCUGUCAAUUGGCAAAACCAGUCUUCACAACGUAUUGCACUCACUCUAUAGCGGAUUGAUAUUUUUUGUAGUGAAAACCAGUUGGGAACAUUAGUAAAACUGAAAAAUGUAAGAAGUCUUUGUUGACACCCUUAACUACUGUCAAUACCUUCCUGCCACUUUCAGUAGGUGUCAGUAGCCUUUAGUGCCACUACUCAAUGGUGUCAAUAGUCACUCCUCACAUCACGGCGGGUGUCAAUAGUCAUUUCUAAUAAUGUAGCGGUAUCCAACACGAUCUGAGACGAAAUACUCUACACGCAUUUCUAUCUGCAUAGAAGAUGCAAACUCCAGUCCUAUUCAAAUAACAUCCGAGGUAUUGUUUCUCGGUACACCAGAGAUGGUAUUUUGUUACUCACUCUCAUGCUCCGCGCUCUCUCCCUCCUUCCGUCCGCUGUAAAUAUCUGACUGUCUGGACAUCUAACUAGGCUAUAAAAUAUGAACCUGCACAAACUGUAAAUAUUUGUUUUAUUUAGUUUAUUAAGUUUGCUUAAAAUUCGUAAAGAAUAAUAUUAUAAUAUAAUUUAUACUAUAAGCCAGACGUUUCAAUAUAUUAGCUAAAUUUUCUUCAGUGGCAAAAAAACAGUAAAAGAAAAAGAAAAAGAAUUUAAAUUUAAAUUAGAUCAAGACAUUUUUAAAAAUAUUAAACAUAAGUUAUCACAAGUAACUUUUUAAAAGCACAUAAGAUGUUAACAAUAAAACUAUUGUACACAUAAAAUUACUUGUAAUAACUUAUGUUUAACAUUUUUAAAAAUGUCUUACUCUAAUUUAAAUUUAAAUUCUUUUUCUUUUACUGGUUUUUGCCACUGAAGAAAAUUUAGCUAAUAUAUUGAAACAUUUGGCUUAUAGUAUAAAUUAUAUUAUAAUAUUAUUCAUUACGAAUUGUAAGCAAAUUUAAUGAAUUAAAUAAAAUUAAAGUUUUAUCAUUUGGCAUGAAUACCUCAUGAAUCAUCGCUUAGAUUCCACAUAAAAUCAUCAUUUCCCCCAGAUGAUCGAGUGAGAAAUGAUCGAAAUUCGUUUUUUUUCCAUGAACCGUUCUGGUGUUUCUUUUUCGAAAGAUCAUUCGUGUAACAUCGACGCUCAAAAACUUUGAUCUCAUCGAACAUUUACAUUGAUUCUUUGUUUCACUACAGAAUCGCCGCGUGACUUUGGCAUCGCUGCGAAUACCAGAUGGACGCCGAACGGAAUCACUGUGGCUGGGGGUCAUGGAAGUGGCAAUGGGCUCAAUCAACUUUCUCACCCACAGGGUUUAUAUGUUGACGAUGAUCAAACCAUCGUCAUCGCUGACCACGAGAAUGACCGUAUUGUGGAAUGGAAGCCUGGCGCGACGAGUGGACAUGUGAUUGCCGGUGGAAAUGGACGAGGAAAUCGGAAUGAUCAGCUGAAUCUUCCAAUAGAUGUGAUUAUCGACAACGAAACAGAUAGUCUUCUUAUCUGCGACCAUGGGAACAGUCGAGUGAUGCGAUGGCCUCGUCGAGGCGGAACAAAAGGAGAAACAAUCAUCUCGGAUAUCAAGUGCUUCGACUUGACAAUAGACGACAAUGGAUUUUUUUACGUCUGCGACUUUGGAAAGCAUGAAGUAAGACGUUGGCGAGUUGGCGAAUCAAGUGGAACACUGGUGGCGGGCGGCAACGGACGGGGUUAUCGUCUCGAUCAGCUCAGUGUCCCUCGCUCUGUCUUCGUCGAUCGUGAUCAAUCAGUGUACGUGUCGGACAACAAUAAUCAUCGUGUGAUGAAGUGGGUGAAAGACGCGAAAGCAGGCAUUGUCGUGGCUGAUGAUCAAGGUUUAGGAAAUGUUCUCAGACAAUUAUCAUCUUUUGCAGGAGUGCUCGUCGAUCAGUUGGGCACUGUCUAUGUGGCAGACUUUAGAAAUCAUCGAAUAACGCGUUGGCCCAAAGGAGCCGCACAGGGUAGUCUUGUUGUUGGUGGAAAUAGCAAAGGAGAACAACCGAACCAACUCGAUGGUCCUGCGGGUAUAUCAUUCGAUCGACACGGCAAUCUCUAUGUCGUCGAUCUUUAUAAUAAUCGAGUGCAACGCUUCUCAAUCGAUCGUAGUUCGUGUUAG